CACUGCAUCACUUCGCACAAUUUGUUACUUUAUUCGUGGAAUUCCGGACAAGAACGAAUCUGUCUGCGUGAGUAAGAUCGAUCCUCGCUCGUGUAUGUGAAUUAUUCUUUAGCCGCCACUGGCUUCCAGGCUUCUUCGAGCAGUAAAUCUAUCCACCGCGUGCGCGCUCCUCUGCAGUUCCCGCACAGUCACGCAAAGUUUUGUCUGGUCUGAUUCCACCCCUGUGCUUCGACCUCAGGCUUGGAAAAGCAGGUGGCCAAUGCGGUGGCAAUGGAACAGAUGUAGAGUGAUUCUUUCAGUGUCACUAAUCGUCAGUUGAGAUCGCAUCAGCAACUGAUCGAUGGAGGGAUGGCAUGCGUCCAGCCUUUGAAGCCUUUCACGCUUUACCUUGUGAGGUGUUUGGCAUGGCAGCAAGAAACAGAUGAAGGAGAAGCCUGCAAGCUUGAAGGUUGCGAGAGCUGAUGAUCGACACAUAGCACGAACCACGACAAAAGCAUGGACAUCGGGGCUGAGUCUAUAAGUGAGAUGGCCCCGCAGCCUUUUCUUUUCCGUUCCCUGCUCUCCCGGAAGUUGGUUGGGUUUGUUGCAAAGUGGUCAACCCAUUCUUCUUGCGCUCAUCUCGCGCCGGGCAAGCUCGCUCUCUCCGGACGCUCGUGAUUCCAAAGCCCCGAGGUGCAAGUUCCUUAUUUCCAUCUCCAGCUGGCUGAACUAUCUCCACUUGGUAGUCUCCCGAUUGUGUGCCGCUGUAAUUGAGUGAGAAGCCGGAGAUCAUCGCGCAUGCUGCGCACAUGCGAGCCUGUCGACGCGAUAAGAGCGCAGUUGUGAUUGAUGCAGCCGUUCUUCUUGGGAGCACUCCGCGACAGCAUAAUAGGUUUCGGGGCCUUUGCAAAAUUUAGAUAGACCUCGAGGUGAAGCCCGACGCUCGUCUUUUGGGUGCGUUGUAGGACGGUCGAAGUAAAUUACGUGCGAAGAAUGCCUUCAACAUUGGUGCUGGUUUCGUGGGAAGUUGAGACCGAAGUUUGCCAAAUCGUGGGGCAGGGUGGUUAAUUGUUGGGGGCGGAGCGACAGGAGUCGGUUCAGCCUUGUGGUGUAUCGAAUCCUAGUAUGGUUUUCGGGGCAUACGCCUCAGCGUUUCAAGUGGAGCAUUGCUUUUCAGUCUGCGCAUGAGAUGUUCUGUUCGGAAGAUGAGACGACAAACCGGCGCGCAAAGAACUGGGAUCCUGUGACGUAGCCCACAAUGUCCUGCAGAGGAUUCGAAAACUUCGUGCUGGGAGAGGUCGCGAAAAUCCCUCCACGCAAGAUGGUUUCGCCAGGGCCUUACAUUGUUGCAGCCAACCCGGAGACAACGUACCUCAUUGCGCUUACGUCGAUGGAGGUGAUUAAGGUUAGGAGAGGGUGAGAAGUCAUUGGCCUCAGAUGGCGCAGAAUAGGAUGCAGCUUGUAGGGUGCUGCUGUGGGGGAAGGCAACUCAAUCAGCCCGGGGAAAGCCGAAGCGUGAUGUACCGAUGCGCUACUCUCUUGACAGUGCAAACCACGCUCGUGGUGGUGUUAUUCCUCAUAGGUGGAGUCCUUGUGCUGGAUUCCUACAAAUGGCGCCAGAUCUCGAUUCCUUGGUUUUCUGGGCUCUCCGAAGGACCUAACGCAGUGUUGCAGCAAGGGAAUGCUGCGCACACACUGUCAGGAGCUGUCCACACGGAAAGCGUCGACGGGAAACCGGCGCAAGGAAGCUCCGCGAACUUCACUACCCCUGCUAUUGGCGUUCCAAGGAAUCGGGAGGACGCCGAUCACUUGCCAACUUCAUCGCCGGCACCGGUGAUCACACGUUUGGAUGCGCCGUCUCAACCAACGGUCCCCACUCAUGCUUCACCUCCGCGACCAGAGAUUCAAAGCCCUUCAGCUGAAGCCGAUGCAGGGACCGCUUCGGAGACAGUUCCGCGUCCAUCUCCUCUUCUGCCGGAAUUCCACAACUCUUCAAUUUCGGGCCCCAUCCCUGAACCCUAUCUCGAGACAGCUGCACAUCCACCCCUGGCAUCACCACGGACUGCCAAGAAGCCACCGGUUCUGUCGACAGCGUUAGAUAAGCUGGAGUAUGGCCUGUUGCAGGCGCGAUUUGCAAUCCGACACGCGUACCUGGCGGCAGAUAAGAAUGACACUCCGGUUGACGGUGGCCAGGGUUAUGACCCACACGGAGACGUGUACAAAAGCCAUGCAGCCUUUCGUCAGAGCUACAGGGAGAUGGAGAGGCGGUUUAAAGUGUACGUAUACUCGGAAGGGGAGGAGCCGCUGGUGCACAAUGGACCCUGCAAGGAGAUCUACGCCGUGGAAGGCAGGUUCAUUCAGGAACUGCAGGGAGACAAUCCCUUCGUAACCCACGAUCCAGACAAUGCUCACGUGUAUUUCCUUCCCUUCAGUGUGGCCAUGAUGGUCGCGUACCUUUACGAGAAAGAGUCCGGCGACAUGGAUCCGCUCCGGCUCUUCGUGGGAGAUUACGUGGACGUUCUGAUGCACAAGUACCCAUUCUGGAACCGGAGUGGCGGGGCGGAUCACUUCAUGCUUUCGUGCCACGAUUGGGGACCGCUUAUAACGAGGGAAAAUAUGAACCUGGGAACGAGGUCCAUCCGUGUGCUAUGCAAUGCCAACUCCUCCGAAGGAUACGUGCCGUGGAAAGACGUCAGCCUCCCAGAAAUCCAUCUGGUGGGAGGACACAUCCCCGCGGAGCUUGGCGGUCCUCCUGCCAAAGACAGGCCGCAUUUGGCCUUCUUCGCGGGGCGUGACCACGGUCCUGUCCGCCCCCAGCUAUUCAAGCAUUGGGAGGGCAAAGACGAUGACGUGAUUGUGUACCAAUGGCUUCCUGCGCACCUCAAGUACCACGAGCUCAUGAAAACAAGCAGGUAUUGUAUUUGUCCUGGAGGAUACGAGGUGAACAGCCCCCGAAUCGUGGAAGCCAUCUACAACGAAUGUGUGCCGGUGAUCAUCGCCGACAGCUUCAUCCUGCCAUUCAGCGAUGUUCUCAACUGGGAGUCUUUCUCUUUGCACGUUAAAGAGAGCGACAUUCCUAACCUGAAAUCCAUUCUGCAAAACGUCACCAUGGAAACUUACACGUCCAUGCAGGAGAGGGUGUCGCAAGUGCAGAGACAUUUUGUACUCCACCAACCGCCCAAAAGAUACGACGUGUUUCACAUGAUUCUCCAUUCGGUGUGGUUGAGGCGUCUAAACCUUCGUGUCGGAUUCUCAUAGCUGAGAUGGUUGACUUAUUUAGAUCCUCACCGCGGAAACAAAACCGUUCCGCCGCAGAAGGUCGGGAGAACAUGUGGGAAGGAAACUAGAGUAGAAUGUGAAGCUAUUAGUUAGCCAGCAGCUAAUAAUCCAGUCGUGUGAUCAUGUACACAUGCUGGCACACAGCGGUUGCUUUAAGUUGAAACGCUAAUGCACCUGCAGGCCAAGAAAGUGCUGUGCGCAGCUUGUACAAGUGAUCAAUGAAACUACUGCUUCAAUCGAAAGCAUGCAGCUUGACGUUAUCAAACUAUUCACCAUGGGGGAGAAAUUCAUGACCUGGCAGAUGACGUCAUACAGCUUGGUUUCUGCUUACAAUGUGUAUUUCGCAGCCCCAUGCAUGUCUCAGGAAGAAUUCACCAGUAACACUUCAGAGAACACGGGAGCAGAUGAGUAUUUCGACGAUAUGAAGAUUUCCCUCUGAUGAAUCAGUGCAUAAUCAGGCGAAGCUACUAAUUCAUCGGUGUAAGCGUAACUGCUAACAUGCUGUGUUUCACAGCUGUCAGUCGAACGUGGAACCAAUAAAAAAACAUAGUAGUGCUUUGAUUUCAAGUU